UAAUUGAAAGAAAUCUCCGCGGCCACUGCUGAUGCUGUGUGAAAGCGGAAGCUGAUUGGAUGUCUUAAAAAUAAGUUUUCUUUUCAAGAUUCCGAGGUCUCUCUCAUACACAGUCCAGUCGGUACCGAUCCACGUUAAUCUUCAGAGAUGGCGCUGCUGGAUAUCUGCCGUCACCAGGACUGGAAGGCAAUCUUGACCCCCUUCGGAGCCCAGAAGUUCAGUGUCUCGUGCGGAUCUGAAGUUACUUGUGAUGAGUUUAAAGUACCAGUCGGUGUAGACCCAAGCAAAUUCAUGAACACAUUUUCAGAAAAGGAUGGGAAACUGAAGUUGCAGUUCAACCAUGGCACAACGACACUGGCAUUCAAAUUUCAGCAUGGCGUCAUUGUGGCUGUUGAUUCACGGUGCACAGCAGGGAAAUACAUAGACACACAAUACUUUAAGAAAGUAAUUGAGAUCAACCCCUACCUAUUGGGUACUAUGUCAGGAAGUGCAGCUGACUGUGUGUACUGGGAGAGAGUUCUGGCUCAACAUUGCAGAAUCUACAAACUUCGCAAUAAAGAACAGAUCACUGUGUCAGCUGCCUCCAAGCUACUUUCUAACAUGCUAGCAGGAUACCGAGGGAUGGGACUGUCUAUUGGGAGUAUGAUCUGUGGAUGGGACAAAAAGGGUCCUGGGUUAUACUACGUAGAUGAGAAUGGUACCCGACUCUCUGGGAACAUGUUUUCAACCGGCUCAGGACACAGCUAUGCCUAUGGGGUAAUGGACAGUGGACACAGAUAUGACUUAACUAUACCAGAAGCCUAUGACCUGGCACAGAGAGCCAUUUAUCAUGCAACACAUCGUGAUGCCUACUCUGGUGGCACUGUCAAUAUGUACCAUGUGAAGCAAGAUGGCUGGAUAAAGGUCUCACAAGAAGAUGUUGGUGAACUUUAUCAGAAGUACUUAAAAGAAAGAAAAUGACUGCAGUAUUUUAGAGGGGUUUGAAACGAGGAUCCGUUCAACUGUUGUCUAGUGUUUAAUACACAAAAAAUAAAACUUUUCUAUUUAAGAA